AUGACCUCACCUGUGCUCUAUGUACACAAGCAGAUUCGACGAAGUGAUAACAUGGGAGCAGAUGUUGGGCAUGAGCUCGGUGGAUGGGGUCAUCUCAUGCUCUACGCCCCCACCUCAAGCAGUUUACUAUACGUAAAAGAAGAGCUAAUGUACACCUACAUAUUCAUCAUCUUCCUUUCGGUCCUCAGCUGCAGCCAUUCUAGAUUGAUCGAAGGAGAUUUAAAGGUCAAUCCUCUAGCAUUAAAUGACUUACUAUCCCAAAUAGCUGACAGCUCCAUGGAUGAAAUGAGAUUUCGACUACGACAAGCAAUCUACAGCAUUGCUUUCAAGAAAAUUGGGGGAGGAAUCAACGACUACGAGGAAUGGUUACUGGAACAGUUUAUUGCCCAGCUAACAAGAGGUUCUGCGAACGGUGAGUCCAUAAGUCCUAUCGAGAAUAUCUUAGCCCAGUAA